UCGCUUCAUUCAUUAACUAACUUUCUCCUGCUCCUCCACCCCUGCCUCUCAAUAGCUCUAGAAGCCUUCCCAUAAAAUCUCUGCUGCAGAGAAAAUAUGGCGGCGGCUACCUCCGGUGCGGUGGUCAAUGGGCUCGGCUCGACCUUCCUGUGCGGCGGCAAGAGGAGCCAGAGGCUGCUGUCCGGUGUGGGAGCCAGGACUGCUGGUAGUCCCGCUGGUCCUAGGAGGAUGGUGGUCAUGGCAGCUCAGCCCAAGAAGUCGUGGAUCCCUGGCGUCAGGGGUGGCGGCAACUUCAUCGACCCCGAGUGGCUCGAUGGCUCACUCCCAGGAGACUACGGGUUUGACCCAUUGGGCCUUGGCAAGGACCCGGCAUUCCUGAAGUGGUACCGGGAGGCCGAGCUGAUCCACGGAAGGUGGGCCAUGGCAGCAGUGGUCGGCAUUUUCGUCGGCCAGGCCUGGAGCGGUAUCCCAUGGUUCGAGGCUGGAGCAGACCCCGGGGCGAUUGCACCGUUCUCGUUUGGGUCACUACUUGGAACCCAGCUCAUCCUCAUGGGCUGGGUGGAGAGCAAGCGGUGGGUCGACUUCUUCAACCCGGACUCCCAAUCUGUGGAGUGGGCCACCCCAUGGUCUCGCACUGCUGAGAACUUCGCAAACGCUACCGGUGAACAGGGAUACCCUGGAGGCAAGUUCUUUGACCCACUGGGCUUAGCAGGCACAAUCAAGGACGGUGUCUACAUCCCUGAUACUGAGAAGCUCGAGAGGCUCAAGGUCGCCGAGAUCAAGCAUGCCCGGAUCGCUAUGCUGGCUAUGUUGAUCUUCUACUUCGAGGCAGGGCAAGGAAAGACUCCUCUUGGAGCUCUCGGGUUGUAAGCGAGGAAUGUGAAAGAGCAUGUGUAGAUAAUUUGAGUCCAUAAACAGGAGAUGAUGAAUCUAUCUUCUUCGGGCUUAUUAGCCCACGUUGAUAAAUUCAAAUUCUUUGCUCAUGCUCUCUCUA